GUGGCUCUAGUACAUCUGAAGCAGUAGUCUCUCUUCGCUGCAGCUUAGUAUAGAUAAUUUUGUAUGAAUGUCUACGAGUGUUUAGAGUUGUAGUCCUACUUGGCAGUUAAAAUAAGAGAUUACGCGGUAGAAGAAAUUGCCCGACAAGUUAGUGCCAGUUUAACUUUAUUUACGUCAGCCCGGUCGUAUAAUCUGUCAGAUUAUGAUUGCAAAUGUUAAAAAAAUUUCUCAUGUAGACUUGAUACGAUAUAAUAUGAGAACAAAAGUGAGUAGCUUGAAUACAUCGAAGGAAACAGAUACAGUGUCUCAUGAUCUACCAAGAAUUUUAUCGUUGGAAGAUCAGCCAAGUGAGAAGAGAAAGGAACAUAGGCGUGACAUUCAUGUAAACAUAUGCAGGGAAUUCUUCAGCGAUAUGUCAAAUGCGCUUAAAUGCUGUGUUCAGAACUACUGGCUCGCUUCAGAAGAAGUAGUUUUGAUGGACAUUCAUACAGCGGCCAGCCUUGGUGACUGUGGUGGGAUUGACGCAGCUUUAGAAAGAGGUGAGAAUAUCAACUUCUGCAGUCACCUUUCUGGUUGGACACCUCUAAUGUUUGCUGCUAGCCGAAACCACGUAGUUGCUGUGAAACAUUUGAUUGUGAAGGGAGCAAACGUGUGCACUCAUUCAACAGAAGAUGGCAGAACAGCGUUUGCUUUAGCAGUUUCUGGAGGGAGCCGUGAGACAGUUGCAGCAAUAGCUGACGAGACACUUAGGCAGAAUCUAGGUCUUGACAGUUGGGACUUUUAUGGUUGGACUCCCCUGAUGCAUGCUGUUUACUUUGGAACACCUGACAUUGUAAAAAUGCUUGUGGAGAAUGGUUGCAACGUCAAUGUAGCUGACAUAACUGGCAAGACACCUCUGAUAGUGGCAAUAGAGUGUUCACGAGAAGAUAUGGUGUUCACUUUAUUGAAUUCUGGUGCGAAUCCAACUUCUAAAACAAAGAAAGGUCGAACAGCUGUUGAUUAUGCUGAGGUAUAUAAUGGGUAUCCUGGCAUUGUUAAUAUGGUGCAGGCUGCUGCAGAGUUCAGAUCAAAGUUAAAGAAUGCGAGUCUACGCACUGUCAUCCUCAUACUUGCUGGUCUUGAUCUCCGCAAGUAUAUUCCAACUUUUAUUGAACAUAACAUUGAUGUAAACAAGUUCAAUCAGCUGACUGAGGAUGACCUUCGUGAUCUGGGUUUGACGACUAUGGGCCCAAGAAAGAAGGUACUGUCAGCUGUCAGAGACCGCCUGACUGAGAUCUUAUGAGAGGAAACCUAAAGCUUCAAAAAAAUUUAUUUCAGAAUAUAUUUAUUUUAUAGAUGAAACUAUUGGAAACUUCAAAAGGCAUGAAGAAAAUAAAUGAAUAUUAAAUAUCUAUCUAAUACCCCCUCCCUCCCCAUUUCCCUUUUUUUCUCCCAAUCCCUCAAUUCGCUCUGCUUUUCACCUGCUGAUGUAAAUCUCUACACAUCAGUCAUCUUCUGAUGAAGAGUUAUGUUUAAAAAUACAUGGACAAUGAAAUCUAUUGUUUGUGUGCCUCUACCACCAAUCAUUUUAUAUCUCUGUGUGUUUCCUUUACAUAAUUGCUUACCUAGGAGGCAAUAUUUAUUGCUGUUUACGAACUGAUGUGUGCAAUAUAGGUAUACUUUAUGUGAACAGUAUUAAAGAUUAGCAGAUUUUUCACAUGUUUUUACAAAAAGUAAUAUUUUAUAUCUUGCUGCUGUUUUACUAAUGGCUGACAAGAUUGUGUGCAUGAUAAAUUUUAUUGACUGCCUUCUUGGUAGAGAAAAUUUUUAACUUUGUACUCAUGUUAAAGGUGUGAAAUGAAAGCAGCAUUACUAGACAGUUUUAUAAAUGUUGUUGUACCACUUCAUCUUAAUAAAAGUUCUUUGAUUACAAUUGUUGCCUUCAAUUUCCUCUGUGAGUUUGAUU